AAAUUCGCUUUCGUGUUGUACUACACUGUUCUUUGGCUUGUGAAGUAGGUAACGAAAUAAACUAAGAAAAUGUUUGCCUGUGCCAGAUUGAUUGCCCCAGCUACAAGAAGCGCACUUCUGUAUACACCAGCUGUGCGCAACCUCCUUAACGUACAGAUCAAGAGGGAUCAGACCCAAUCCAUUUUUGUUUCAUCCCUCCUACCUGCCAUCCGCAGUUUGCAGACCUCGCAAGUAAACAGAGACAUUGACUCAGCUGCCAAAUUCAUUGGGGCUGGAGCUGCAACAGUAGGAGUCGCAGCAUCAGGAGCUGGAAUCGGAACCGUAUUCAGUUCCCUCAUCAUUGGUUAUGCCAGAAACCCCAGUUUCUUUCUGCCCCUCAACAAAACCCAAGCUCUACAGGGAAAUCCCGAAGGCGCUCCAAAAGCGGUGCAUGUAUGA